UCCGGCCGGACGAGUUAUGCGGGUGCGCAGCUGGCUGGGGGCGUGGGUGUUAUUUAUAACAACAGGCUGCAGGAGACGAGCUGUCCGGUCCGAACAAGGUCUCUGUGAGGCAUUUGUGAUUUAAGGACCUCCCAGAGGUUUAAUCAGAAAGACUUCAAAUCAGGUACUGGGAAGCAGACAACUGGUGUGCGCUCGUGUUCUGACCAUGAACGAUCGGCCAUGGACCACAUCACGCUUCGCUAUGAUUCGGUACUGUCGGAUGUUCACAUGCUGCUGCCUAACGCACGCCACCUCAUGACACGUCUCAACCAUGUUGGCCAGCCUGUCUUCAUCUCAAACUUCAAGAUCUUGUCAGAUGUUGAAAGGCUCGACAACAAUGACCCAGGGGAAAAUGCGGCGGAGGAAAAAUGUGAUGACCCGAGGGAAAAAGACACAAAUGCCACCCAGGGAAAGGUUGGAGAUGAAGGUGGGCAAGGAAAUGUGGAACCGUGCUUGGAUGAGGAUGGGGACCUGGACAUCACACAUCGACCGAGGAAAAACCCUGUGCAGGACAGCAGCCGAGACUUUGUGUGCCCCAUCAUUCUCAAACAGUCCAACCCUUCACUGGAACAAGAAGAGGGAAAUACUGAUGAAGAAGUUGAUGAGUGCAUCAAAGACAUUUUAAGAAUAGAACACACUAUGGCUACACCACUGGAGGAUGUUGGCAAGCAGGUGUGGCGAGGGGCAUUCUUCUUGGCUGACUUCAUCCUCUCUCAGACGGCCAUGUUUAGUGGGGCAACAGUCCUUGAGCUGGGAGCGGGAAUGGGUUUAACCAGUAUCAUCAUGGCAACCAGAGCCAAAACCGUGUACUGCACAGAUGUGGGAGAAGACCUUCUAAGCAUGUGCAAGAAAAAUGUAACGUUAAACAGUCACUUGACGGAGCCUGCAGGUGGUGAGGUGAGGGUGAGACAGUUGGAUUGGCUGCAGCAUUCCCUUUGUACAGAUGUUGAGGUGGACUUUAGCUGGACAGAGGAGGAAGUAGCGGACAUGUAUGACAACACCAGCUUCAUUGUUGCUGCUGACGUUUGCUAUGAUGAUGAUCUGACAGAUGGCCUUUUUCGAACACUGUACCGACUCUGCAGUAACUUUACCCACACCUGCACAAUCUUCAUCUCCAUAGAGAAAAGGAUGAACUUCACCCUGCGAAACAUGGAUGUUUCCUGCGACGCUUACAACUAUUUUAGCCACAGUCUGUCCCAACUCCGGGACCUGGAGGAUGGACGAUGCAGCUUCAGAGUGGAACAGCUCCCAUCCAACGUUGCACAGUUUUUACUGUAUGAACGCACGGAGCAACUUGAGCUGUGGAAGGUGACUGCCACUCCACUUCCAUUUGAUGAAGCCCGGCCUGAUACUGAGCAGUUGUCAUCCUCACCAGGGUUCACGCAGGAGCAGCGCAGUGCAGCAGACCUGAGCAUGCAAUGUGCUCCAGUUAACAGUUGAAGGUUAGAAAUGUUCAAUGUAGAAUGUCACGGCAGCAUCACUGGUUCCGGCCUAAGUCAAGUGAUAUGAUUUAGUACAUUCAAGCAAGAAACAGGCAUUUUGACGAAUAGACUGAAUGUUUCAUUAUUUAUUGUUAAACUUUGUACAUGCAAUGUUACAUGUCCAUAAUGGAAUUACUGAACUUUGCUUAUCAAAGGUCAUCUAGAGCUUUAUGUCUGUACAGUGUCUAAUUAAUAACGAGGUCAAAUAAAGGUUUACCAUUCA